AUGAUGCAACCUACUCGCUGCUUUGUCAUCUCCCUUCUCCGUUUGUCGCCUUGCCGUCACUCCCUAAACGCCCUCCUUCAUCCCUCCUUUCAGUGGAUUGAGGCUGCGGACGCCGCCGUUAAGGCGGCUAAGGAGAAGGCGGAAGAUGUACAUGGGAGGUUGGAUCAUAAUAAAAACGAUGCUUCAGGGACCGUGAUUGGUCAGGGGAUUGGUAAAAUUGAGGAAGCUCAAAAGCAAGUUUCGCAAGUUGACAAAAAGCUCAGUCAGCAUAUUGAUGAGUUGGGAACAUGGAAAUCUGCGGCGCACAGUGUCCUUUCCACAGCGGUUGAAAAGGCAGAAGAGGUGCGUGGCAAGUUGAACCCAGAUGGUAAGGAUCCUAUUGGUCACAACAUUGAGAAGAUUCACACAUCCAACGAGGCGAUUAAAAAAGCAAAUUCGCAACUUAAAAGCCAAGUUGAGAGUCUGCAUUCUUGGAUCACCACGGCAGAGGGUAUCCGCCAAAAGGCCCAGAAGAAGGCUGAAGAGGCUUAUAAAAAGCUAAAACCUCAUGAGGCUCUGAGUAAGAAAAUCGGAGAGAUUAUGGAUGCUAAUAAGAAAAUUAAGGACGUUCAUACUGAGCUGGGUAAGGUUCAUAAUAAUCUGGGAAUGUGGAAUCAGCAGGCCAAGAAAGUGCUCGACGGGGCGAUUGACAAUGCUACGACAGUGUAUAAUGGUUUGAAUGAUGGUCACGCUGUGAUGAAUAAAAUUGGUGAAAUUGAUAGUGCUAGACAGCAAAUUGUCACUGCGAAUUCACAACUUGCCAGCGAAGUUGACAAUUUAGGUAAGUGGAAGACUGCGGCCGGGAGUGUUAUUGACAAGGCGGAUGGGAAGUGUGAGGAGAUACUUAAGAAAGUUAAAGCAGAAAAAGAUGGUAAAAGUGAUACAAUUUUUGAAUAUGCAAAUGAGAUGAGUGAGAAGGGUGUUGAGCUCUUUAGGGCUGCGAGUGAGGCUAAGAGCCUUGUUGAGCAGAAAGUCACUGAAGCCUUGGAGGCUGUUGUGGCCAUGGACAAAUCUCUCAAGACGGAUUUGAAGAAAGUGAAAGAUGAUAUUAAGAUAGGAAUAGACCAUGUGAUUAAGACGUUGCAAGUUAAGGAAUUGGAUACUUUGGUGAAGAAUGAUUUGAAGACUCUGAGGGAGAAGAUUGAGAAACUUAACAACGGUGAUGAGCUUGUUACAGAUAAUUUAGCGGCACUAGCAGAAACGAAGAAAUCUACGUUGGAUGAGAAGGCUGAGGCGAUAAAGACGUCGGAAAGUCAACUUGAAGGGAAGUUUAAGCAAGAGAUCCAAAGUCCGCUCAGCACUAAAGUCAAAGCAGUUGACCAGGCGAUUGAGAGGCUUGGCGGGAAGUUUAAUAAAGGCGGUACAUUUAAUAGUAUUCAAGAGAUUUUCGGGCAUAUUAAAGAUAAGGUUGGGGAGAUUAAGGGGACGGCGGGAAACGGAAGUUGGGAUAACUCAGGCGGCUCAGGCCUGGAUGGGAUUAAAAGCGCAGUGAACACGUAUUACAAUGCGUUCAGCGGGGAAUAUAACUUUGAAAAAAUUGUGAAUGGGUGGUUGCAAGGCAUUUUGGGUAAGCGGGAAAAGAGGGUUGUGGAGUGGUUUAAGGAGUGGACUGAUGACCAUGUCACUGAUGGCCGGCCGACCGGAAAAAGGGUGCUGGGCAAUGAUAUCACAUUUGACAAAAUCUUUCGUGACAAAAUCAUCGACCAUCUUAAGAAACAGCUUCACGGCGAAGCCAAAGCAGCCGGUGGAGUGGUUGGACAAGGCAAAAGCACCGAUAACAUCACUGCGAACAUUGAGGCUGUGAAAAAAGGCUGCGAGGAUUUUGUAAAGCGGAUUGAUGCAAAACUCAUGAAGGGGCAAAUUAGUACACUUCUUCAAGCCGUAAGGGGAAAGGUUGUCGGCAAGAUUGUUAAGUUGAAAAAAGGCAAAGAUGAAGAUAUCGAUGAAGUCCUGAAAACAAUCCUUGUUGCCCUGCGCUCCACGUCCAAUCAGGUAUCCGAGGAGCUGAACUCAGUGUUUCUCAACAUACCCCCUGACAUCAGCAACGGAGAUCCCAGCCCCGGAAGCAUCGCAUCCAUCUUGGACAAGAUCACGCCGGUUGCUAACAAACUCCAUGAAAAUCUCGAAGCGGCGACUCAGCAACAACCUCCCGGUCUCGGAGCCUCCGGCCAAAAUGAAAGCCCUGCCCAAGCCGUGGACAAGAGGUUGAAUGCGGUGAGACAGGAGGUUACCCAGCUUGAAGAGAACUUUAAGAAAGCAAAGCAGAAUCUGGAGGCUGAGGUUGCCAAACUUCCAGACGCCGUUGAAGCUUUCAACAAGUCCGCCGAAGAGCAGAUCAAGGCUGCGGCAAAUACGGCGAUUCAAAAGGCGGCUGCGCAGAUUAGUGAUAAUGGUGAUCCAAAUACAAUUGACUUGUCGACUAAAAUGCCCACAUUCAACUCUCACUUCACUGCUAUUACAAAAAAUCUCGAAUCAAAACUCAAGCAGCAAGUUGACAAGCACAUCGGGGAGGAUGAUCCGCCAGGUCAGCCGAGUGGUCCAGCAGCUGAGAAAGUGAAGCUUCCUGAAGAGCAUUUUAAGCAAUAUCAAGCAUACGUCGAUGCCUCUGGAGUCUCCGAUCCCACUAGACCAGAUGAGCUAAAAAAGCUAACUGGCCAACUCCCCGUUGCGAUCAACAGCAUUAGCAGUGAGGGUCUGCAAAAGCUCACUGAACUCAUCGAUGGAAAAGGUGGAAAAGCACAAAUUACUACGAAUACGUUUGAAGAGCCUUUCGGCAAAAUUACGACAGAGCUCAAUGAAAUCGCCGGAUUGGUUGAUGGUGAACGCUCCGACAGUUCAUUUAUGGAAGGAGACCCAAAUGAAGGCAUCAAGGACUUUUUACGUAAUUUAACAAGUAUGCUUCGCAAUGCGUUUUUUGUUAACGGUAAAAAAGGAUUACAUGAAAUCACAAAGGCAAUUGAAGGUCUGCAUAAAACUCCGUUCACUACCCAUCCCAAGGCAAUUGACACAGCCGUCACAGCAAUUAAGGAAGAAUUGAGGAAGCUGAGAGGGAAGUUGAAGAAAGAACCAAGUGGAGGGCAAGAUAACGAUGUGAUUGACGACCUGAGUGAGAUGCUGAGCAACGGGCUGGGCACCGGUAAAGGCAAAUGGCCAACCAAAGGUUCAAGUAACCUCGACGGUCUGGGGAGCAUUGCUGAGGAGCUUCAGGCGCAGAAUGGGAAGUUGCCGGGGCAAACAAAAAUUAUUGGCGACGCUACGCAGAGUAUCAUAAACGAUAUUACAACAUUGCUUUCAAACGUCAAAAUGAAAUUGGGUCACAAUAUCAUUCCCAAUAAUGACAUUGCAUAUUACAUGGGACAGUUGCAGAAGAAACUUGGGAAGGACGUCUCAAAGCAGGACGAUGAUACUCUGCAACCCGGGAAAAUUAGUGUAGGAGUUUCACAAAUUGAAAAUGAGCUCACAAAGCUAAGAGACAGAUUCCUGAAAACAGACAAUGGAGCGACUAGGGAAACCGACAAAGGCGUGCUGAACAAUCUGGCCGACGUGAUAAAAGAGAUAAGUAAGGAUUCAGAGGCAAGUGGACUAAGCAAAAUUAAGAAGGAAAUUGCAGAGCUUAACACUGCCACAGUCCCGAAGGUGACUGACUACCUCAAUAAGCUGUGCAACGCUGUCACCAACCACGCCGGAAAUGCGGGAUGGCAUCUGGGCCAGCUGGAAGAAAGGCAUAUUAAUGAGGGACUGAAAGGCAUAGAGAAUGACAUUAACACCCUCAGCACCGAUGACCUCCAGGAGGCAAUAGAGAUGUGCGACAAGUUCCUCACCGACGCCGACGAGAUAGAGAGGAACACAGUGAAAGGCCUUGAGAAAUUCGUGGACUACGAAGUUAACGAUGCAAUUGAAGAACUCACAAAAGAGGCCCGUCAGGACUACGUGGAGUCCGCGAAGGACGCGCUGAAACACUUCGCCCUAAAGGCGGAGAGUGAGCUGGGGGAACUGCCCGGCGAGAUAAACAGGGAUCUCUUCGUGGGCUACAAGGGCCUCAUGAAGCAGAUGGAGGGUGAGCGCAGCGAAAACAUUAAUAGGCUAAGGAACGUGCAGAGCAGAAUGCUCCGAGCAUUGUCCUCCGCGUUCCAGAAUUUCUUCGCGCCGCUCGACGAGCAUCUCCGUGAGGAGAUUGAGAGAGUGAAGAAGCAGAGUGACGACGAAAAGAAUCCCUCACUGCCGAAGUCGGAAGAGCCCUACGCCGCCGAGUGGGACGCCGUGCACAGCGAUGUCAACGCCCUGCUCAAUUACCUCUGCGUGACGCAGGGCUUCGACGACAGGCUGCGAGGCCUGCUCCACAACCUCACCGACGCGCUCACACAGCUGAGGCCGCAGGGCUUCCAGAAGCCCUCCACUCCCACGCUGGACUCCGUGAGCAGGGGACUCAGUGCCUUCGUCGGGGAGUUCGGCGGUGCGUACAUCUCCACUUACUCGGGCGCGGAGUGCCGGGAGGCGGACGCCGACAAGUACGCCAAGGUGUUGCUGAGCAUCAUCCCGAUGACGCACGAGGCGCUUAGCAACUUGGCAGAGAAAUGCGGCAACAACUGGCGAAGCUAUAAGAUAUGCAAGCUCACCGGCGACGACAGGGACAACGGCCUGGGCAACUACCUCACCAAAUGCGGCUUCAAGGUGUCACCCACCGACGGACUCCAGGUGGGGGAAUUGCAAAAUCGUUUUUCGGGCGGCGCAGUUCAUGAGCUACUUGCAUCCCCAGUUGCCGACGUGACCACCAAAAUGCUGGUCGGUGGCAAGCCUGCAGAAAAUGGAAUUAAUGUCGUAGACUUAGUUGCGCUUUUCUAUAACAUGCUUUGUCGGUACCUCCAGGUCUGCCACCUUAAAGUACACGAAUCGCCCAGGUACCCCUGCACGGUGAGGGACAUGUUGUCUUGGCUCUCAGGCCUGCAGUACACUCCGGUGGCGGACAAACUGCCUGACCACUGCAGGGCGUUGCUCAACCGCAAGUGCGACGAUAACGAUGCCCCCAACAGGGAGGAUAAAGUCAUGGUGCAGUGCAUAAAUGGCCUGCCGUUCACUAUCGCAGAAGCGUGUUCGUACGCCAACUCAUUGCUCGUAACCAUACAGGGCCGCGGUCGCGGCUUUGACCUCGCCGCCUACCCCUACUCCGUCGACUUCGCCAACAACACCGCACAGCUGUACUACCCGGACGACCCCGACGAGCUGCUGGAUAUGUUGAGGGGCAUAGUAUGCCGCCUGUGCUCAGUGCUCUACUUUCUGUAUGCUCAGUGCUGCCGUACCACCGCCACAACCAAGGGCUGGCGGGAGUGCCACUACGGUCGGCAGGUGCCGUCCUCCCACUGGCAGUGUAACACCUUCGACAGGCAGGCCACCGACGCAAGUCACAACUGCCCGCCCACAUCUCCGCUGCAGUCGUUCCUCACAGACAGCUGUCCCAGCCUCCUGCCGCAUAAGCUCAGUGUAGUUGACAAUGCCAUCGAAUGCGCCAACUGCCCCUCCAACCAACCGGGUCAGCAGUGCCUCACCCCGCUCGGCUUCUGGGACCUUGGCCUCGCUGCCUCAGUAGCGCGUACCGGCAAGGAUCUUGCCAAGUCACUCGGCCGUCUCUGCAGUGACGCCGACGCCUGCCUCUUCCAACUCUGCCGAACGCUGCGCUUGCUGUGCCCCUCAGCACCGCAGUCACUCGGCGACGUGUUCGCGCUGUUCUUCCAAAUGCUCAGAGUGUGGGAUCACGAAUCGUCCCGGCGUGCGUACUCUCACCAUGAGAGUUACCUAACGCAUCUGAACGGUGAUGCUAUAAACAGUCUCUUCCCUCUGUGGCCGCAGCUCCACGGCAGUUACCGUAAUGCCAAUCUCACCGACGCGCUCAAGGCACUCGCCGGGCACGACCAUGACAACUCAGGGCACAAUGCCCUCUCAAGCCUCUCCGCCGAGCCGCCUUGUCAAUCACCCAGUGGAUGCGCCCCCUUCCUCCAGCCGCUGGCGCUGCACGCCAACCACACCUUCCCGCAGAAGCACGCACAGCUGUAUGUCUCGUGGAUAGUGUGGCUGGCAUGGCAGCUGUGGGAGCUGCUGGAGUCCCUGCUGGACGCCUUGAACAACAUCGACUGCACGGCCCACGGCUGUGCCACGUGCCUCUGUCAGCCAAGCAACCACAACGACAAGGACUCCUGCCACUGCCCGUCACUCGUCGAAUGUGGCGGACCUCUGCCGACACUCUACCGCUACGGAUUCACGUAUCGCAACGCCCACGCCCUGCUCGCCGGCAGCCAGAAGAUACGGUGCAGUGACCUCAACGACCAACUCACCAAGGCACUCCACUCCGACCACUUCACUCAACUGUUCCACCAGAUCGACCAACUGCUCUACACCAUCCGUAUGCCCUUCCUCUUCGCCAUCACAGCACUCUGGCUCAUCGCCACGCUCUUCAUCGCCCACUCACUACUCUACCGUAUGGACGUGCUGCGCAUCCGCUCCCACCUACUCACCACCAGGGCCUCACACCUCAUCUACGUCAAGGCUUUACUCGCCGGCAGCCGCAGGAUGCUCUCGCUCUACAAGGACGUCGACUACUUCGACGAUGACUUUCACUCGUGA